AACUGGAUAUUCUCCGCACAGGACGCUUUUGCCAUUCUGCUGGCUGCCCAUCAUCCCAGAAUCAACCUGCUGGGCAUUUCCACAGUCUUUGGAAACGCUUCACUAGAACACACUACACACAAUGCCGCCUCCAUCCUGACAGCCUUUGGCAAACACAAGGACGUCCCCCUCUACGUUGGCUACAGCAACCCGCUCGAGCGACCUCCCAUCCACGCACCGACAGACAUUCACGGCGACAGCGGCCUCGACGGCACCGACCUUCUCCCCAAGCCCCAAUGCACUCCGUCCACUGAUUCCGCCAUUGACGCCAUGGCUGCUGCUCUCAAGGCCCAACCGGCCGGCACAGCCUGGAUCGUGGCCACCGGCACCGUCACCAACGUCGCCGCCCUGUUCCGAAAGUAUCCGGAGCUCAUCCCGCACAUCAAGGGACUGAGCAUCAUGGGAGGAUCUAUCGGAGGAGGUUUCUCAGACGCACCGCUCGGUACGGUCGAUGGCAAGGAGCGCAUCGGCAACACGACACCAUAUGCCGAGUUCAACAUCUUCAUUGAUCCGGAGGCAGCGGCCGAGAUAUUCCACAACAAGGAGAUUGCCAAGAAGAUGUUCAUGGUCCCGCUGGACCUGAGCCACCAGGUCCUGGCUACGGAGAAGGUCAGAGACCUUUUGCUGUACGGUAAGGACGGCGAGAAGACAGGCAAGGGCAAGACGACGCUGCGGACAAUGCUAGUGGAGCUGCUUUACUUCUUUGCUAAGACCUAUGCCGACGUCUUUGGCAUCACCGCCGGUCCUCCCCUCCACGAUCCCCUCGCCCUCGCGGCCGUCCUCACCGGCACUCCCGACGAAAUCGUCUUUUACGACUGGGACGGUGUCAAGAGCCAGGGCACCAAGCACAACGAACGCUUUGAUGUAACCGUCAUCACUGAGGGUACGGCCGAGGAGGCACAGCGCGGCGAGAAGCAGACCGGCCGAACGAUUGCCAACGUGCUACCUGCCGGGGAGGCAGGUGUGAGGAUACCCAGGGGAGUGGACGUGGAUCAGUUCUGGAAGGUGAUUGAGGAGUGCAUUGAGAGAGCGGAUGAGACGAACCGAAAGCUGAGCAAUUAA